CCUCGUGGCAAAUUAAAUUACCCUUUAUACCCCUAAAUUUAUAUUCACUCUCUCUUUAAAGACCUCUAUAUAAAAAACCCACACAUUGUUUGUUUCUGCACAAAACACAAGAGCUCCAACAUUUCCCAUUCUCAUUCCCAUUUUACCCUUUUCAAUUCUCUGAUUCAAUUUUUCAAUGGCGACAAUGCUCAGUUUCACCGGGCUCUCCGCCCGGCCACUCCGAUUCUCCGAUGACUGCUCCAAUAGCUCAAAUCGGCGCAUGGUUUCCGUCCGAGCCGCGGCGGUAGUAGUCGACACACGGAGGCCGGCGAGUAGUCUCUACGAAGUUCUACGACUUCAGCCGGGAGCAUCUCAUUUGGAGAUCAAAUCGGCUUACCGAAGUCUGGCAAAGGUUUACCAUCCCGACGCGGCGGCCCAACGGUUACCGGAGUAUGAUGACAGCGACUUCAUCGAGAUCCGUAAAGCUUACGAGACGCUUUCAGAUCCGUCAGCGAGAGCAGUUUACGACAUGUCGUUGAUGGCGGCAGAAUGCGAGAGGAAUAGGCAGUUUUCGGCUUCGGUGACACCACAGAAACGGUAUUCGAGAUAUAUAAGAUGGGAAACGGACCAAUGCUGGUAGAAAGCGUUCAUCUUGUUUCGGAUUUUAACAAAGAAAUUUCACAGAAAAGAAGAAAAGAAAACAAUUGAAAAAUAGGAAAUUAGAAAGAGAAUGAUGAAAUUUGAAAUGUUUUUUCUCUUGAUGUGGAUGUAAAUUUUUUCCCCCAAUUUUUCUUUAUGGGAAUUCUUAAAAAGCAAGUAAAAGAAAUACUUGUAGAAAUAGUUGCUACUCUCUCGGUAUUAAAAAAAUAAUUUGUUCUAAAAUACUGUAAGUUUCAAAAAAAAAUUCACCAUUGUUCUUUUAAGUAACAUUUUGGAUA